AUGCAGACAGAGGCUCCCAAGACAGGCUGGAAGCGCUCCAUGCAGGGACUGCCUGUGAGAUUCAAGGGCCGCUCUUGCGGGUCUAUACAUCCGAACCAGAUAUUCCUCGCCUUGAUCCCGCCCCCGCAAGAUGGAAAUCCCUCCGAUCCCUGUUGUGCGUGGCUGCGCCGGUCAUACUCCGGUCUUUUCGCGCAGUCUGCUCUUGAGAGCGCCGAGCAAGAUAUCGUGGAGCCCGACGCCGCUCGAAUCUCCCCUCGUCCUCCGACUUACAGCCAGCGUUUCCACCCCGAUCUGCCCGUUACACUCCACCCGAUCUUGACCUUGGUGGUCCUUGGCGUGUAUGACUCUUGUCAAAAUGGGAAUAUCCAUCGCAUGCGGAUGCGGAUCAACCAAGCCAUCACGACUGCGAUGGACAGUUCGCUGCAUCGGUUGGAAGAGAAUGCAUCAGAGGCCCAACGACGCGCAUGGUGGAUCGCACCGUGGUCACUCAUUCUAAAGGCUCAUAAUGCUCAUGACUCAGUCAGCGCCCUUCUGCGCGUGAUCACUAUGCAGAGUGCUCAAUCCUCACCAACCCCGGAUCUAAAAGAUAAGAUUGACCGAUUAGACCAAUCCAUCUUGUCAUUGGCCUCGGAGUGUGAUCUGAUUUGUACACCGAUGCAAGGCAACAGCACGGAAGGUCUUGCAGGCCGCAGCUUCGGUUUGAUUGCCUGCGCACUCAUUCACUCUGCGCGGAUCAAGCUGCACCGUUUCAGAGCCUUCUCCGACAUCCCAAUCUUCCUGGAAAAGCAUUGCGAUCUCUCCUCACUGCGGAUAGACGGCAGCGCAUCCCAGGAAUUCUCCUCCGUGACAGCCACCGAGAUCGACUCGUUCUUCCCGUUCAGCAAGGACGAGUCCUCCAUGAUCUGUCUGAAAUCAUCACUCGCCGUUGCCCGUGCCUUCAAGGAUGUACCUUCUCCAUACUCGGCCACUUCUCGGUCUACGGACCUAGACAAUGCCAGUAUGACCACGCUGGCACCCGCGCAAGACGGGUACUACGGGUCCUUGCCGUACUUCAAAUGUGCCGCAAUGCAGGCGUCCUACGUGUUGUAUAUGCUGGUGCACCGGGUCCGGGCCGCGCUGUCGUCGAGACGGCUUUCCAUCUGCUACCCGCUGUUGAACUGUCCCGAAGCGGGCACCGAAAUCCAGGAUGCACAUCGGUUGAUUGAGGAGCUGCGCAACGGUGCCCAUUCGCUGAUUGUCUCCAUGAAGCGGGAUCUGGUCUACGAGGGGAUUGCGUCGAUGGUGAACGAUCUCGAUGCGGCGUAUAUCUCUCUAUUUGGGUGA